UUCCGAUCCCGAGUCGCGAAGUUGUCGUUCCUCACUUUUGGCCCCCGGAAGCCAGCGAGCCCAAAAUUUUCCCGAGUGUUCCCGAGGUAGCAGCAGCAUCAUCGAGGAGUCGGCCGAUCGUCAAUCCCGUCCCGUUCGCAGGAUCGUUCGCCGGCGGGCCGAAUCUCGGCUGUCGCACGCGUUUUCGCCGUCCUAUCGGGGAGAUAUCGCGCGCGCCCGCUUAAAAUAAACGGCGUUCGCCGGAGUACACCUCGCUCACACCGGACCGUAGAGAGAGAGGAGGGUGAGCCUGUCGUAUCGUGUGUGAUCAUCCGCUGGAGACGGUGUCAACCAAGAAAGAACAAACAAGAUGUCGGAUCGAAAAGCAGUAAUCAAGAAUGCUGAUAUGUCGGAGGAGAUGCAGCAAGAUGCUGUCGAUUGUGCCACUCAGGCUCUCGAAAAAUACAACAUUGAAAAGGAUAUUGCAGCAUUUAUCAAGAAAGAGUUCGAUAAAAAGUACAAUCCAACGUGGCAUUGCAUUGUAGGACGUAAUUUUGGUAGCUAUGUGACGCACGAAACAAGACAUUUUAUCUAUUUCUACCUUGGUCAGGUAGCCAUUCUCCUCUUUAAGAGCGGGUAAACCUUGUUUUGCUAUCCUCCUAAACAUCCUUUCUCCUUCCUCUCUUCCUCCCUUGCUCACUAUGCAAAAUACAUACAUUUAAAAUCACCGCCAUGUGUAAAAGAAACUUCAUUACUCAUUAUGUACACAUUGAAAAAAAUUGUUUUAAAAAAGCAACGCAUGUUCCCGAUAAGCAAAUGAAAAGAAAUAUCACUGAUGUUUCUUGAUAUAUUGGUUGUCGUUUAUAUAAGUGGAAGGAUAAUUCGAAAAAAAAUUCUAAGAAGACACACAGUCGAAGGGUAGGGAGAUAAACUGGGGGGAAAAAAAAGAAGAAAAGUGUGACAUACAACUUUACAUGUUAAAAUGUAUUUUGUAUGCCAGGAAGUUUGUUGUGUUCUUGUUUUAUAUUAUUAGGUAAAUAUGCAGAAUACAGUUGAAUUCAGUAUUGGCGAUUUUAACUUGGUGAAUUUUAGCAUAAUUGUUUAACGUACAGUGUUCGAGCGACAUUAAGUGCACAGCAUAUUUCGCGUUAAGCAUUAUUCCCGCUUGAAUCUAUAAAAAUUGGAAAUACUGCGUAUUCGUUAAAGAAAUCGCCAAUAGUGAAUGUAAACCGAAAACGAGAUUGAUUGUCCCUGCAAUUGUUAUUUUAUAUUACCGGUAACCGCUGUCGACUAUUAUGUAUCGCAUACUGAUUAAUUUUGAUUUUGUAUCAGUUAUGACACUGCGACUGACAUUUUUUUGUUAGAUUAAGAAUUCUUGAAAAAGAAAUCGAACAGAAAAGGAAAAAAAAAUUGAGCUCAAUCUCUCUCUUUCGACGUGCGAUAAUCAUCGUACACGUACUCUAUCAAUAUAACUUUAUUUCGAUCAGAUAUAAAACUAACAUGCUAUUGAAUAACAAUAUCUGACUCGUUCAUUGCUACCUUCACAAUUUUUAUAUUGUGCACAGAUUAUAUAACGUAAAAAAAGGGGGGGGGGGGAAACAGACAUUUUAUCUUGAGGCGAUGUAUACUUAGGAAAAUAAUCGUUUCCAGAAAAGAAAUAUCACCUUCUGCCUAUAUUAAAUUCUUUUGUGUAAUAUUUAACACUCCAUUUUACGGUAUUUAUAUAUAUAUAUAAAUACAUAUAUAUAUAUAUAAAAUAUAGAUUAUACAUAUAUGAUAUAUUAUUUAUACAUAGAGUGCAAUCUUCAAACAAUUUUUCAUGCAGUAUUCGAUUAUCAUAAACGUUGCUACAUUGUUCAAAUUUUAGACUGACUAUUAAAGGCGCGUUCCAUUUAACGCUCACGAGAAUCAUUUAUUCUUGUUUAAUGUUCGAUAAACAACAGGGAUGAAAUGAUUUCAAGAGCGUUGGGAGCGUCAAGUGGAACAUGACCUAUAUUAUAUCAAACCACCUAUCGUGCAUGAUCCUUUUUUUAAAUAAAUAAAGUUCGCAAUGCCAUUUUUAUAAGCAGCGAAUACGUAGCAGAAUGUUUGAAAGUAAAAUCAUGACGCGAAAGUCGUCGAGCCACACUUCGAAGAUCGAUUUGUCCUUGAGAACAUCUGAAAACAUUCGACCUGACAUGUUACUACGUGUUUCUUUCCUUCUAUUUAUUUAUUGUACAUAUAUUCCAGCAGGUUUAUUGACUCAUAAAUAUUGCAUAUAUUAUUAGUAACACGACGAGCUGUAUCUUUACGGUGUUAUAUGAUGUACGUUAUGCUUUCGCCGUACUUGCUACAUGAGAUCGGUUCAAGAAAUACGUCGUUAAUGGGUUCAAAUUUAAUCGUCGGUAGUGAAAGCCAAUUGUACUUUGUAUACAUUAAGUGGAGAACCUGUUACGCUGUUAGGCGGCGGUUGUCACAUCCAUUUGAUUUACAAAAACCAUCAAGAUGCACUUUCGGAGCGCGAACAGCGAAGUACCGAGCUAUUUCUCGUAUCCAUGAACGCACGGGUUAACAAGCGAAAUACGAAUGUGGACAUGACAAAAUCAUUUUGUGAUUUUUUUUUUUUCGGAAUUGAGCUUUCUCGAGGAUAAGAGUCGCUCUGUGCACACCUCCGCCAAUUUCACGAUCGAGUCUACAUGCAGAAGAUGCGGUAAAAGCAGAUGAAUAUUAUUGUGCUUAACAAUAAAAAUCAGUUCCACUCACGAAA